CUUUACUCUACCCUACCAACCACCUCGGUCCCUUUCAUCCCAUUUUUUUUUUUCGAUUUUUCUUGCUUGGCGACUCAAUGUUGCUUUCCUUCUUGUUCUAUUACUUAUUCUCCCUUUAAUGAUUUGUCUCUCCGCCGCCCACGGCUGUGCCUGGGGUUCUGAUAACGUCUAUUUCAUGCCCUUUUUUUCCAGCGAUUGGAGGCGGCGGCAAUUGAAGAGUUUUUUUUGCUUUUUAAUCUUACAGAGAUCAUUUGGGCAGUCGAGGAUAAGAGACUGAAGCGAAGGCACGGCGAUGGCGGAAUUGGUCGGGCCUCGGGUUUACAGCUGCUGCAAUUGCCGAAACCAUGUCUGUCUCCACGACGAUAUCAUUUCCAAAGCUUUUCAGGGAAGGAAUGGGCGAGCCUUCUUGUUUUCUCAUGCGAUGAACAUAGUCGUGGGGCCAAAGGAAGACAGGCAGCUCAUAACAGGACUGCAUACGGUUGCUGAUAUUUACUGCCGUGAUUGCCGUGAGGUGCUGGGAUGGAAAUAUGAAAGAGCUUAUGAAGAGACACAGAAGUACAAAGAAGGGAAGUUUAUAUUUGAAAAAUCAAAGAUUGUGAAGGAGAAUUGGUAGUUUGCAUGGAUGGAUGCUCUGUUGAUAAAGCUACUGCAUGCAAGUGCCGUGGUCGUGUGACACUGUCAUAUAUGUCUUCUGAUGGAUUCAUCUGUUCUUCUUGUACAUAGCAGUUAACUCUAAGUUCCAGUCUCCACUGAUUGUGCGCUCUUGCUUCCAUGGAAUUUGUAAAGCUUGUGUACUGGUGACUGGUGAUUUCUUUUGUGAAUAAGAAAUGAACUUGUGGAUACUGGUCAUGCAACACUGUAGGCUAUUUGUUUCUAUGAUGGAUGCACACCAAACAGCCCUGUUUUUAUUUUCA